ACCAUACCACGGGAGCGAGGCUAGGGCCCAGGCUGCCGGCUGAGAACCGUAAGAGCCCCUGCUUUGAACUCAGGCUCCCUCCUGUGUUCCUCAGCGCCACUUCGCCAGGAGGGAUGCAGUGGGCCGUGGGCCGGCGGUGGGCGUGGAUCGCACUACUUCUAGCUGCGGUGGCAGUGCUAACCCAAAUCGUGUGGCUCUGGCUGGGUGCGCAGAGCUUCGUCUUCCAGCGCGAAGAGAUCGCGCAGCUGGCGCGGCAGUACGCCGGUCUGGACCACGAGCUGGCCUUCUCUAAGCUGAUCGUGGAGCUGCGGCGGCUGCACCCAGGCCACGUGCUGCCCGAUGAGGAGCUGCAGUGGGUGUUCGUGAACGCGGGCGGCUGGAUGGGCGCCAUGUGCCUUCUGCACGCCUCGCUGUCCGAGUACGUGCUGCUCUUCGGCACCGCCCUGGGCUCCCGCGGCCACUCGGGCCGCUAUUGGGCUGAGAUUUCUGACACCAUUAUCUCUGGCACUUUCCACCAGUGGAGAGAGGGCACCACCAAAAGUGAGGUCUUCUACCCAGGGGAGACAGUGGUGCAUGGGCCUGGUGAAGCAACAGCUGUGGAAUGGGGACCAAACACAUGGAUGGUGGAGUAUGGCCGGGGUGUCAUCCCAUCUACCCUGGGAUUUGCACUGGCUGACACUGUCUUCAGUACCCAAGACUUCCUCACCCUAUUCUAUACCCUUCGCGCCUAUGCCCGGGCCCUCCGGCUUGAACUCACUACCUACCUCUUCGGUGAGGACCCUUGAGCAGCCAGCCCUUGAAGGAAGACCUGUGGAUGGACAGGAGUGGGCAGGCCCACACAUCCACUGACUGGAGCCCAUAUGCACAGGCAGGGACCUCACACCAUGCCAAUACUGAGUUCCUGCUGUGCUCGGAGGGACAUAUACUUAUACAUCCAGAUCAUGGGAACAAUUUGGGACAUACCUGUAUGCCAAGACCUGUGUGUACUGCAAGAUCAUUCACUCACAACCACCCAGAGAGGGAGCCCCUUAUAUCAAGGGGACCAGUCAUAUUUCAGCGCACAUGUCACAAGCUUGACUCACUAACUCAGGCCUUUCCAGAGCUUCCUACCUGUAGUCAGGGCUCUGGAGUUAAGAAUGAAGGUGAGUUUAACACUCUGCCUCAGUCUAACUCCUCAACCUAGCAGUAGUGGGGGCUGGGGGAGCUGCCCUUUGGAGGCCCCCUUCUCCUACAGCUAUGAUGCUCUUUCCCUUUAUCUCCCCUGUCCACACCAUAUGCCUUAUCCCCAUUCCACACCCCUGCUAUGCAAGUGCCCCUGUGGCUUGUUCCCUACCCCCUGAGCAACUAAAUCAGCUGGGGAACCAGAGGAAUGUAGAGAAUUCUAAAGUGAAGCUUGUCCACCCUGACAACACCCCCUCAUUCCUUCCUUGGAGGUGUGGUGGGAAAGCUGGCCUCCUCCCUGGCAUCAAGGGUCCACCCCUGGCCUAGAGAGGGCUUUUUCUGUAUGUGUGUACACACCUCAUCACAGUUUGCAGACACUGCCCCUUUUGCAUUCCCUGCCCAUCUGUCUCACUUAAUAAAGACUUGCCAAACA